UAAAAAUAUAUACUUGUAAACAGAUUUUUUCUAUUUUUUUUAUCAACAAAGUUGUUACAUAUUAAUAAAAUGUUAUUAAGCGUAUCUCAGAUAGUAAUGCUUAAAUAGAUAGUUGUGUUUAGGCUUGGCUAUUUCGGGUAUCAAUUCGGUUCAGUUCGGACAUUUUGGAUAUCGCAUAGUUCAGAUGGGGGCUAGAAGAUAGAAUUAAUAACUUAUUUAUUUUCGGUUCGGAUUUGGUUCUGAUUGUUUUGGGUUAGAUUCGUUGUAGAUAAUUAAAUUAGUAAGGAAAAAUACCAUAUAAAAAAAAAAGAAUUUGGUUAUCUUUGGUUCCGAUUUGGUUCCUAAAUACCCGAACCCGGCCCGGACCUGAUAUGGACCCGAAAAAUCACGGGUUUUUUAAUUAUAGACUCGAACCGACCCGGACCCGAGAAGAACCGACCCGAACCCGACUUGGAAAUUUCUAAGUACCUAUUGAGUCUAAAUAUUUAGGAUCCGAAAGACCCGGACCCGAAAGGAACCGGUCCGAACCCGACCCGAAGACCCGAACGCCCAUGCCUAGUUUAUACAUCUGCCAUCAAGUUGUAACUGAUAAAUAUUAUAAUGGCUUUGUUGUAUUAAAUAACGAAAUCUGGAUUUGUUUAUGAUAAAAAAAUUCGAAAUGCUUACCAAUAGGCUUACACCAUGAAAAUGCUUAUGUAUAGGCUUACAACAUCGAAAACGAUUGGGACGAGGACGACGCCGAAAGCAUCUUUCCACCUGAUUUCCACGAGCCACCAACAAUUUCUCUAAGCUGAGUCAUCUUUCAGUAUGCAAAUAAUAAUCUUAGUAGAGUUUUAAAACAUGUAAUGCUCGUGUUUGGGUUUUUUUACAAUAUUAUCUAUUCGUGACUGGUCCUACUUCUGUGUGGAACAUAGGCUCUGGCUCGUGUCAACAUGUGCCAUCUAUGGAGACCUAGAUAAUUCUUUUUAUAGUAUGAGAAGUCGUUGUCUUAACGAAUAAAACAUACUCCUAUUAUAUAGUUCCUUGAUUAAUAAUUAAAACAUAUAUUUUAUUUCUUUAACCCUUUGCCCGUAUACAUAUACGGGACUCAAUAAUCUUCCAAUCGAAACAGCUUCAAGAGAUAGAAAUUCUAAAAAUAUCAUUAAUUAAACCAAAAAUGUGUGCAUUAGUCCCUCCACUGUUCCCCGACUUUGGGUGGCCGUCGACGGCAGGUUACGAGAGCUACUACCUCGGCGGAGAAAACCUCAACAACGACAUGUUUCUUGAUUUUCCGGUUGUGGAAACUUAUGGAGUAUUGGCUCAUCAUCAGAACAGCUUAGGAGUUUCUGUUUCGUCGGAGGGAAAUGGAAUAGACAACAACCCGGUUGUUAAAAAGAAGCUUAAUCACAAUGCUAGUGAGCGUGACCGUCGCAAGAAGAUCAACUCUUUGUUUGCAUCUCUCCGCUCAUGUCUUCCAACCUCAGAUCAAUCGAAAAAGCUAAGCAUUUCAGCCACCGUUUCACGAAGCUUGAAGUACAUACCAGAGUUGCAAGAGCAAGUGAAGAAGUUAUUACAAAAGAAGGAAGAACUCUUGGUUCGAGUAUCAGGUCAACGAGACAUUGAACUUUACGUUAAGCCACAACCAAAGGCAAUUGCAAGUUAUGUCUCCACUGUUUCCGCGACUAGGCUUGGAGACAACGAAGUGAUGGUCCAAAUCUCAUCAUCCAAGAUUCAUAACUUCUCGAUAUCUAAAGUGUUAACUGGGUUAGAAGAAGAUGGUUUUGUUCUUGUGGAUGUUUCAUCUUCAAGGUUUCAAGGGGAAAGGCUUUUCUACACUUUGCAUCUUCAAGUAGAAAAUAUGGAUGAUCAUUACAAAAUGAAUUGCGAAGAGUUAAGUGAAAGGAUGUUGUACUUGUACGAGGAAUGUGAAAAUUCAUUUAGGUGA